AUGGCCGAUAAAAAAAUCGUUUGCUACUAUGGUAGCUGGGCCGCGUAUCGUCCUGGACUCGGCGCAUUCGAACCGUCCCACAUAAAUCCAGCUUUGUGUACACAUAUGAUUUAUACUUUCGUCGGUAUCACCACCAAUGGCGACGUACAAGUACUGGACAGCUGGCUGGAUCUGCCAAGCGGUAGAGACGGUUUCGGAAAGUUUACCAGGCUCCGCCAAUCUAGCCCAGGCACGAAAGCUAUGAUAGCGAUAGGCGGAUGGAACGAGGGAUCCGCCAAGUACUCUCAAGUCGCGGCAAACCCACAACUCCGUGCUCGAUUUGCCCAAAACGUCGUUAACUUCCUGAGGACGUACAAUUUCGACGGUUUCGACGUCGACUGGGAGUAUCCCAACCAACGAGGCGGAAAUCCAUCCGACAAGUGGAAUUUUAUCCUCUUGUUAAAGGAACUGAAGCAGGCCUUUAGUCAACACGGCUAUAUCCUCAGCGUGGCCGUAGGUGCUGCGAAAUCUUCGGCCUCUAAGUCCUACUAUAUUCGCGACGUGUCAGAAAAUGUUGAUUUUAUUAAUCUGAUGACGUACGACUUGAAUGGAUCGUGGAAUUCGGUCACGGGAAUCAACGCCCCGCUCUAUGCUUCCUCGAACGAACAUGGAGACCAAGCCAAUCUCAACGUUUAUUGA